AUGGCAAAAUUUAGCACUCAACAAAUUGCGUUAUUCAUCGUUGUAGCUUUGGUGUGUGCAUUUGUUCCAGUUUAUUCUGUUGAAGAAGUCGAAGCAAAAACAUUGUGGGAUACAUGUCUUCUUAAAAUCACCCCUAAGUGUGCGUUGGAUAUUAUUGAUGUUGUAUUUGGAGAUGGCACUCUAUCCAAUUCAUGUUGCCACGACCUUGUCGAAGAAGGGAAAAUGUGUCACGAUAAGCUAAUCAAAUACAUUUCAGAUAGACCAAGCUUAAUUGCCAAAGAAUCUCAAUACUUAAAGAAGCGAGAUGAUUUGUGGACUCACUGUGUCUCUAUCUCUAAAACUGUUUAA